UCUUUCUUCUCUCUCUCUCUCUCUCUCUCUCUCUCUCUCUCUCUCUCUCUCUCUCUCUCCACAACUGUGCUGUAAUCUCGUGAUUGAUUGAUCGAGUUCAUCUGUAGUCUCAAGAAUUCUCCAUGGAAGUUCCUCAGAUCUAGCUCACAAACAAUGUCUUCUUCUUCAAUUUCCAGCACAAACACCCUUUUCAUUCUGUUUUACUCUCUGCUUUUCUUCUGUUUUUCCGGCAAUGCGGACACCGGAACCACCACAUUUGACUUCCAAACACUUACUCUCACAAGCUUGAAGUUCCUCGGCGACGCUCACUUGUUCAACAACAGUGUCAGACUCACCCGAGAUCUCCCCGUCCCUAACUCUGGCGCCGGCAGGGUUUUGUACAACAAGCCAGUUAGAUUCCGGCGACCUGGGAGCCCUAAUCCGGCGAGUUUCUCAACGUAUUUUUCAUUCUCGAUUGUUAAUUUGAAUCCGGGUUCGAUUGGAGGUGGUUUGGCUUUUGUAAUAUCGCCGAACGAUGAAGAUGUCGGCGACGCUGGUGCGUAUUUGGGUAUUCCCACCGGUGCUGUGGCUGUUGAGUUUGAUACUCUAAUGGACGUCGAGUUCAAAGAUGUUAAUGGGAAUCAUGUGGGUUUGGAUCUUGACUCCAUGGUUUCUUCCCAAGUUGCCGAUUUGGACUCCAUUGAAGUCAAUUUACGAAGUGGCACUCAAGUCAAUUCGUGGAUAGAUUAUUCAAGUUCAACUCAGCAACUCAACAUCUCUAUUUCGUAUUCCAACACAAAACCCAAAUCACCUCUCUUAUCAAUCACCACCAAUCUCAAUCGAUACGUAAAUGAGUUUAUGUUUGUCGGAUUUUCCGGGUCAACUCAGGGAAGCACAGAAGUCCACUCGAUUGAAUGGUGGAGUUUCACCUCUUCUUUCGAUGAUCAAGAUACAAUUACAAAACCCAGUCCAAAUCCACCACCAACGGCCACCUUCAUGAACCCCACUGCUAACCCCGUUAACUCGCCGCCGCCGUCAAUGCCCCCAACGACGGCAGACUCAAACACGACGUCAACCGCCGCCGUUACGACACAAAAACAGAGCAAAUGUCAUAACCAGUUAUGUAAGCAAAAUGCAGGGGCUGUAGCGGGAGUGGUUACAGCCGGAGCAUUUUUCUUAGCAUUAUGCGCAGUCUUGCUAAUUUGGGUUUACUCCAAAAAAUUCAAACAAGCAAAAAAACCACAACUUUUUGCUUCUGACAUCUUUAAAUCCCCAAAAGAGUUCUCAUACAAAGAGCUUAAAUUAGCAACCAGAUGCUUUGACCCGACUCGGGUAAUCGGACAUGGAGCAUUUGGAACCGUUUACAGAGGGAUAUUAUCAGAAACAGGGGAUGUUGUCGCUGUAAAGAGGUGUAGCCAUAGUGGUGAUCAAGGAAAGGCGGAGUUUUUAUCGGAGUUGUCAAUCAUCGGAACACUCCGGCACCGGAAUCUUUUAAGAUUACAAGGGUGGUGUCAUGAAAAAGGUGAGAUAAUGCUUGUUUAUGACUUGAUGCCAAAUGGGUCGCUCGAUAAAGCACUUUUCGAAUCAAGAUUCACAUUGGGUUGGGCUCAUAGAAGGAAGAUUUUAAUGGGUGUAGCUUCAGCUUUAGCUUAUUUACAUCAAGAAUGCGAGAAUCAAGUGAUUCAUAGAGAUGUAAAAGCUAGUAAUAUAAUGUUAGAUGAAGCAUUCAACGCUAAAUUGGGUGAUUUCGGAUUAGCGAGGGAAAUAGAGCAAAACACGUCGCCGGACCCGACGGUGGCAGCCGGGACGAUGGGGUAUUUAGCGCCGGAGUAUUUGUUAACCGGAAGAGCAAGUGAGAAAACCGAUGUUUAUAGCUUCGGUGCGGUGGUGCUAGAGGUGGCGAGUGGCCGGAGACCAAUUGAGAAGGAGGCAAUUGGGGUGGGGACAAAAGGGCAGAAAAGUAGUUUGGUGGACUGGGCGUGGGGUUUACACCGGGAAAACCGGUUGCUGGAGGUGGCGGAUCCACGGUUGUGUGCGGAGUUUGAGCCGGCGGAGAUGAUGAAAGUGUUGUUGGUCGGGUUGGUAUGUUCCCACCCGGACCCACUGGCCCGACCCAUGAUGAGAAAUGUGGUCCAAAUGCUUGCGGGUGAGGCUGAGGUGCCCGUGGUUCCAAGGGCAAAACCGUCAUUAAGCUUUAGCACUUCGGAUUUGCUUUUGAAUUUGCAAGAUAGUGUUUCUGAUUUGAAUGAGAUGAUUACCCUUUCAAUUACCUCAUCGGAACACAGCUUCAAUGGUGAAGUAUUGGACCUGGUUUGACCCGACUCGGAUGAUCAUUCGAAUCCGGGUUCAUUCAGUUUUGUCGUAUUUUAACUCUCUACAGAGUGUAUUAAAUUUACUUGAUUUGUUGAUGAUUUAUGAUGUGAUGUAACGACACAAUAAUGAUAACAACAGGCACAGAAGUAUAGGGGCCAGUGGGUCAUUUGUGGAAAUUAGUGGGGUCAACAUCAUAACUUCAUGCACUUCCAAUUUGGAGAAAGUGUGAACGUCACUUUCACGAAAAACUAAUGAAAAUAUGUAGGAAGAUGCUUUGUGAAGGAACCAAAAGGUCAAAAAGGGAAUAACAAUAUGGGAGUUUGAGUAAAUGUAUGGUAAAGUAUAGUGUGACAAAAAUAGGAUUUUUAUUCAUCAUUAGCUCUUUAUGUUUUGUCCACUUUGUGAAUAACUUUAUUUGUCUACUUUUGGUGUACACAUGUGCUCAUUGGUUAUUCUCGAGAAUUUAGACAUGGCUAAUGUCAUGUUUAACCAUUUUACAUCUUAGUUGUACAUGUAGGUAACCUUUGAUGUAUUACUAGAUUUCGUAUGA